GUGCCGACCUGUCCAGCAAUACCCUCAUCCCAUCAAUGAAUUUAAAACGAUUAAAGUGGCGCAGAACAAAUUAAAUCAGGUUUGAUAGGGUAUUGUGCAUUUUACAAAAGACUUACUCAGCCGAAAAUUCAUUAAUCAUUUGAUAACAAUUAAAGAUUAGAUGGUGAAGUGUGCUUUGCACAUUUGAAAAGCUUCUUAAUCAGUUUCAUCUAAGUAAAGGAAUGGGUAGCAGCCAGAGAUAUAAUUCAUUGUUCCAUGCUAGCUUCAAUUGUGACCAAAUUUAUUGCAGGGUCACUGUGCUCAACGAUCUUUUGCAGAGUAUUAAAAAAAUCCAUUUCAAACUGUGCAGCAUGAAAAUAUCUAUCUGUAUCUGAUCUGAAAUUAAAUAGUGACUUUUAUUUAAGGAUUGAUAAACACAGUUUUGCAGACUAUGCAUCUCGGUAGAGCUAUUUUAUAGCAACCUUGGAAAAAUGCGGAGAAUUUUAAAUGCUUUAAAAGACAGCAAUAUCCAGCUGAUCUCCUACUGGGAUUUUGAUACUUUGGUUUAUACAAGUUUAUUUUGGAUAUAUUACCAAUAAUUCUAAUGCCUGCGCUAAGUUGUGUUACUUAGAAAAAUGCAGCUACACUUGUGACAUUAGAAAUUAAAAGGUAUAGUUAUAGACUAUGUUAGGUUCAGACAGUGGUUAUAAAUUUCUCAGAUUGAAAAAAAUGUACUUAUCAUAAUGGAAUUAAUGCUGUUGGUAUCAGGUAUCUGCUAUUCUCUUUACAUUGUUCUUUAGUUCUGUUUCAUCCAGCAAAGCAUUUUGAUUUUAAACAUUUUUUGAACUGAUUCAUAAAACUUGGCAUGAAAAAAAUGCUCCAGGAGUACUUUAAAAUCAAUUCCAAUGGGUUCUACUUUUUGCAUUAAUACCACGGAUUGUGGUCUGCACAUCUUCACUAGAAGAGAGCCAGAAAGCAUUCUAACAUAAUUUAAUAAAUAUCUAUGGAGGGUUCGCACUAAUUGCAAAAUAGACAGUUGCAGACCUUCAUCAGAACCUUUCUUCCUCAGGUUCCAGCUCCAUGUAAUCAAUGAUCGACAAUUAGCAUAAGACCCUUAUGGUAACGUUUUAUAUUCAGAACUUUGAAAUGUUUGUAGGAGUCUGUUGCUAUUCCUAGUACCAUUGUUGCAAAUGGUUUGACAGUAGUAUAUGGUUAAAUGUCUUCCUGAGUUCAACUUGUUCCAACCUAAAUAUCAAUUUGUAGCAAAAAUGAGAAUAAUCAACAUUGUUGGACUCCAACAGCAUUCCUUGCUGCAUCAACAUGUCAUUCCUGUCCUCCAGAGAUUGUGGGAUUGAGUUUUAAGUGAGCAACUUAAUGUUCUAAAAACAAGCAAACAGAAUUGAGGCACACCUUUAGAGCUAAUCAAUAUCUAAAAACCUCAACAGGUCCCAACAAUCACCUAUGGAAGUGAUUUUCAAGGAACUAAUAUUGUAAACUAGAAUCUGGUUGGAAUUGCUGAGUUGCUACAGCCUCUCCAAAGUCCUGUACCAGUUCCUCACAAGGUUCAAAGUCUGUUUUGACUAAGUCAUCUCCAAAAUUCAGUAUUUUUCAGGCCCUGUUAUUCCUCUCUUUCAGCCUUGUUCCUUUAUUGUAGUCAGAUUAGAAAUACUUAGGGUAAGUACACUCAUCAUGGAGACAAAAAAAACAGCCAAUGAGUCUGCUGACAAAAGAAAUAAUACCAGCCUUUUAAUAGCCAAUCCAGAAAAGUUGGUGUUAAUUUGUUUUGCAGGUAGAUGUCAGACACCUUCCCAUUUAAUUCAAUACAAAGCACCAUCUGUUGUGCAACUAAAUCAUGACUUAUGGCUUUAAAUUCUGGAUUUAACCUUGGAAAGGCAAAUCAUGGCAGGACUCUCCACUUAAUGGAAACCUGAUGGUAUUAUGGUCCACAUGCCGCACAUCAGUAUUCAAGUCUGUCACAAAUCGUUUCAUCAAAAACCUGGCCUGUGCUGGAAUCUGUGCAAGUGUCUUUUGUGUGCCUUUCGAUAUCAUCCUGAGUGCCAGUCCACACUGCUGCUGGUGGAUCUACACCCUGCUCUUCUGUAAAAUUAUCAAAUUCUUGCACAAAGUCUUCUGUUCUGUCACUGUUCUCAGCUUUACUGUCAUUGCAUUGGACAGGUAUUACUCUGUCUUGUAUCCUUUAGAGAGGAAGAUCUCGGAGACAAAAUCCCGGGAUUUGGUGAUCUACAUCUGGAUUCAUGCCAUUUUGGCAAGCAUUCCAGUUUUUGCAGUGACCAAUGUCUCAGACAUCUAUGCCAUGUCUACAUGCAGUAGUUCAUGGAGCUAUUCCUUUGGGCACCUGGCUUAUGUAAUUGUGUAUAACAUCACCACAGUGAUCCUGCCCAUUGCUGUGGUGUUCUUGUUUAUGAUUCUGAUCCGGAGAGCUCUCAGUGCCAGUCAGAAGAAGAAAGUAAUCAUUGCUGCAUUACGAACUCCGCAAAACACAAUUUCUAUUCCAUACGUUUCCCAGCGGGAAGCUGAACUGCAUGCCAUGCUUCUCUCGAUGGUGCUGAUCUUCAUUGUUUGCAGUGUUCCUUAUGUGGUUUUUGUGAUUUAUCGAACCAUUCUCAACAUUGCUGACAUCUCUGUCUUUUUGAUGCUGACCGCAGUCUGGCUGCCGAAGGUCUCCCUGCUGACUAACCCGUUGCUCUUUCUGACGGUGAACAAGUCUGUUCGGAAAUGUUUAGUAGGCACUGUGGUUCAGCUCCAUCGCAGGUACAGUAGACGCAACAUUGUCAACUCUGGUGGCCUCACGGACGCUACUCUUGAACCUGGCGUCCGUUCAGGUAGUCAGUUGCUGGAAAUGUUCCACAUUGGACAGCAGCAGAUCUUCAAACCCUCUGAGGAGGAUGACGAAAACGAGAUUAAGUCACUUGGGUCGGCAGACUGCCGGCAGAAAGACAUAGCCACCUCUGUUGAACAGACUGUAGUGGAAAAAUUUACUGCACACACCAGUGACUCCCCUACAGCAGCUGGAGCGGCAGCUGCACCACCUCUAGAUUCAGAUGUAAUCUCCGACAAGUAUGCAUUGCAGUUCGGCUUUGGCCCAUUCGAGCUGCCCCCGCAAUGGCUUUCGGAGACACGGAACAGCAAGAAAAGACUGUUGCCUCCCUUGGGCAACACACCGGAGGAACUGAUUCAAACGACUGAAAAGCAACCAAAGUUUAGAACAGAAUGGAAAAUAAGUCGAAAUAAUAAAGUUAGCAUUUUUCCGAAAGUGGACACUUAGUCCUUCGAAUAAAUCCAGCUGGCGUUCUGGAAACUAACUGCCCUGGAACACCACAGCACAGAGUGUCAUUGUAAUGUGUUGUGUGUCAAAGUAAUUAUAUAUAAAGAAAAGAACAAGCUUCAUACCAGGUAUUUCUUUCGAUAGAAAGCAACAUUCUUGAGCAUUCUUAUUAGAAGGAUUUGUUUCUAAGGUUGUUGUUCAUCUUCAGCUGAAGAAUUCUCUUCACCAUACCUUCAAAAUUGUGCAUAUGUUUCAUAUUUUGAUAUGAAAGAAUAAGUGGAUAGUACUUUGGUUUAAACUGUAACACUUCAAAAGUGAAUGAACUUCCAAGUGUUUGAAAAAUGUUUAUUUUCAUACACAAUUUAUAGAGGAUUGCUUAACCUUUUUUUUAAACUGGUGUUUAGUUUGUUGUGACAAUGUGGGAGAAUCAGCAAUUUUUUUGGAUUCUCUGGAAUAUUUUAACGUGCAUCUUAUUUGAGCUCCUUCCUGCGAACCAUCAUCAUAUCAUCAUUAACAUGCCCGUAACGACACAGAGACUCAAUUUGUAAUCAUUUAAAGUAGAAUUUAAAAGUUCAUGUGAGGGCAGUAUUUGUGGUUCUCUCACCAUUCAAAGCUUUGCAGCAGUUUUUAAAAUUUAUCUCCUGAAUGUGGGUAUCUGUGGCAUUUAUUACCCAUUUCCCAUUGCCCUGCAAAGAUGGUGGAGGCCAUUCUUCUUGAGUGGGUUGUUGCAAGCUAGUGACACCAGAGGACAGUUCAGAAUCAGUGGCACGGGUGUAGGGAUGAAGUCACACAUAGGUCUGACUAGGAUGGAAGUUUUCCUGCCCCAAAGACAUUACUGAACCUAUUAGGAUUUUUGUGACAAUCCAACAGCUUCAGGGUCACUUUUAUUGAGGCAGCUGUUUUAUUUCUAGCUUUAUUUGUAACUGAACUCAAAUUUUCAAAUUGCCAGGCUGAUAUUUGAACCCACACCAGUUGCAUUAUUACUCCCGGCUCUGGAGUACUAGUCCAGUAGCAUAACCAACACAGUACUUUACCCAGUUAUAGGGUCGUCGGAAAAGCACAGGAAAGUCCAUUCAUCCGAAGAAGCCCAUGUUCGCUGUUUACAGAGUAAUCUGAUCUGGUCAGUAUCAUUCCCUUGCACUGUCCACACAGUCAUGCAAAUACAUUUUCUUCAAGUUCCUGCCAACUUUCUUUAUCCUCAAAUUGUAGUUUUUUUUGAUGCAUUGCAAAGCCAUCACCUUUCUAUUUUGAGGCACCAUUUCUGACAGACCAACUUGACCAUAAAUUGAUCUGUAAAGUGACAUGUCUAUCUGGUAUGUGACCUCUAACGUAACCAAAAGAGAGUGCAGAUUGAACUGUAUUGAGCAGCUGAAUUAUUUCAAUCAUUUUUCAAUACUAUUAAUAUUACAGUGUUAUGUUUUAUGAAAGAAACUUAAGUUUUUCAUUAAUCUAGUUACUGUAUUGCAUCUUUGGUAUAAAAAUUUCCACAAUGUCAUUGUCAUGAUGUUAUGUGGUCAGUAUUUUUACGAUAAAAUAAUGUGAAACAAAUAGUUGUGCUCUACAUUUCAAGUUGUUAAUAGUUUAUAAUGUAACAAUAUUUUUAUCCUUUUUUAUUGGCCUGAAACAGUUGACUGGCAGAGAUAUUAGCCAGCUUUUAAGCAGCAUGAACGUGUUUGUUUAUUACCUUCUGUGUAUUUGCAAUUCGCAUUACUGGAACAGCCACAUAUAACUCCAUGUCCUUGCCAUAAACCUCAUGGAUGUGGUAUUAAAAGAAGUUAUUGUCCUGAUGUUGCAUCUUUGCAAGGCACACUUCGAAGAUGAAUCAAUGUAUAUUGUUUUACGUUAAAACCAUUGUAUAGUUUGAUUUUUAGAGUGAUAUCAGAAUUGUGGGCAUAAUAUUGUGUCACUUCCUUUGAUAACAUAUCUAUUUAUAUAAACAUACAUUUAAAUUAGUACACUUCACAUAUUAUAAAACACAUACCUUAUUGUUAUUGGAAACAUUCAACUCUUCUGGAGAAUUUCCCAGAUCUUCCUAGGAGUGCAAUGUCGCUGAAUUUGUGUCAGGGAAAGGUGAAACAUUCGGGGAUAUCCCAAAGCACAAUUUUAAAUUGACUGACAAUAGACUGUUCCGUAAGAAUUUUUUAUUAACUUUAAUGCAAUGCCACUCUCUGUGUUCCAGAUUAUUCUUCAAAUAUUCCUUGUGUGACAGUUCAGUACAACACAUUGGAUUUAAUAUAAGCAUUCAUGGCAAGAGCAUCCCACCUUUGUUCCAUUUAUUUAAUAUUGUGUGCUUAGGUAGAACUAUGUUUAUUUGUGUUUGAAAAUGUAGAUCUGUCUAAAGAGAUUUGAUUUCUGUUUAUGCUGUUGCAAAGUGCUUUUGUUUGAUUCUUAUCCAAUAUGCAGCAAGAGACAAGCAAUUCAAAGAUCAGUAUUACCAAAAACAGUUUCAAGUAUCUGAAGCCAAGGCAAAUAUUAAUGUGAGUUUAUAGGAGAUAAAAGUUUUCUUUCAAAAUGGAACCCUUUCAAACAAAUUAGUUGAUUGUGACUAUCACA